UAUUUGUCCUCCCACAGCUUCUUUUUAAGGUCCAGCCGAGCGGCUCUCUCUCCUUCGUCACACUCGCAUUCCUCUCUCUUGGAUAAAUCACUCUCUCCUCCUCCGCAUUGCUGCUAGGAGCCGCGCGUGCCUGGGGCCGUCGCUAAGCUUCUCCGCUCUGUGUGCGUGGCGUGAGACGAGGUGAGGUUGUGACCGUGGGCUGGCGGGCGGCAUGAGGGCGGGCGGGAUGUUGUGCCGGUCGCAGGCGGCGACGGCGGUGUGCGUGCCAGGGGACGCGCGGUCCAUGGUCGUGGCCCGCCGCGCCGACCGCACCAUCAUCGCGGAGGACGCGCGCGCCCUGCACGACGUCAGGUACGCGCGCCUCGGCGGGGAAGCGCGCGCGACGUCGCGGCGGUACGCGGUGACGAGGGCCCCGCGGCCGCCGCCCCCUCCCCCGCCCCCUACUGCGGCAGCAACUAGGCCGCGCGGGGAGAGGCGGCGCGGCGGCAGGGCGCCCGUGGCCGUGACGCUGCCCAUGGUGACCAAGAGCCCCAGCAGGGAGACGCCGGCGCGGGAGCUCGCGGCUGCUGCCAAGCGUGCGCCAGCCGCAACCGCCGCCGCCAUCGCGCCGCCUGGCGACCAAGUCCUCCAAGUGGUGGUGAUGAAGGUGGCGAUACACUGCCAGGGGUGUGCUGGGAAAGUGAGGAAGCACAUCUCCAAAAUGGAAGGGGUGACAUCGUUCAGCAUCGACCUGGAGAGCAAGAAGGUGACGGUGAUGGGCCACGUGUCGCCGGCGGGCGUCCUGGAGAGCAUCUCCAAGGUCAAGAAGGCCGAGCUCCUCAUCUGACCAGGCUCGUCGUCAGCUCCAUCAAUGCUCGAAACUGAAGGGAAGAGGAAGAAGAACCUAGCUAGGGAGCUUCUGCUUGCCUGUAGCAUGCAUGCUUGCAUAGCUGCAUGCGAAGCUAGUCCCUAGCUGUUUGUUUUUCUUUUUUGAGAAUUUAGCUGUUGGGUUGGAGAGAAAAAGAGACAGAGAGAGUGUACUGGGGAGAGAGAAACUCAUGCGUCUCAUGCAUGGUAUAUCGAUGGAUGGAUGGGUGAAAGCUUAGCUACUUAGCUACAUGUGUAGUAAACUGUGUCUAGCACCUGCUGGGUGCAGUAUCGUCGUGUGGGUGCAUGUUUUGUUAUUACAGUACUUGCAUAUAUUGUUCGAUCAGCUUCUCUCUA